ACAAUCUCAGACAGCGGUUUACCUUCACGUAGUGACACAUUUACAUAGAAGUUCAGUGGUUGGUAUCUUUCAGAAUAAGCCAGACUAGCUUGCCAGCUAACGUCGGCUAUGGCGGAGGCUCCAGGUACGUCGAGUGAGACGAUAACCGAGACCGUUCAGACGGGAACACCGCCACCGCCCCAGCAGGAGGGGCGAAGCUUGACCAUUAAGCUGAGGAAGAGAAAGACCGAGAAGAAGGUUGAGUGGUCCAGUGAUACUGUUGAUAAUGAGCAUCUUGGGAGGAGGUCCUCUAAGUGCUGCUGUAUUUACGAGAAGCCACGACAGUUUGGAGAAUCCUCCUCAGAGAGUGAGGGAGACGACGAGGAAGGCUGCGGAAGCGCUCACUGCAUUCUGGGUCACGGAAGAGGAAGGCAUGGACAGAGAGGGGGCGGGGGGACUACAGUGCCCCCCAGCUCUGGGGGAACAAACCCUCAUUAAUAACGAGAGGGGAUUUUUUCCCCUCGGCGUAAAAGGGGAAAGGGCAGGAUGGGCGUUUUCAUGCAUAAUUAUACAUCCACCUACUCACAUUCAGUUCAGCCAUCACAUUACUGGGUGAGAGUAAUAGCUGAUUGAUAAAUUGAAAAGAUUUGAACAAAAUGCAGAGAGACACGUUUUUUUUAUGCUGUGAGCAUACAUUGUGACUGGUGGGAGGGCUUCACGUUGCUUGCCAUCAGAAUGCUGAGGUUGUUUUGAAUUCACUGUACAUAAAUCAUCAAUUUUAUUAUUUUUUUAUAAAGUUUAAUUUUCUUUAUUUAUUCAUUUCUGUUAAUACUACAUAUUAAGAUCGUACUAACUUUUCUGAUAUUUUCCCAAAAAAUUGUCCCUCUGAUUGCAAAAUGCUUUGGGAAUACCCGUAGUGAUACCUCUAUUACAGUUAAAAGCAGCAGUAGUUCAAUUGGAAAAAGUGCUACUGUAUUCGUAAAGGGGGUGGAAAAAGAAAUGGUCUAAAUCUGGAGAAACGUGCAGGGCAGGCACUAUGCAUGUCUGUGUCCUAGUACAAACAUUGGUUCUAGGUUGCUGAGGUCUGUUUCAUACUUAAGCCCAUGAAAAUCGUAUGUAACCCUAACAUGAUCUAAACCAAAACAACUAAACAGCACAUAAUAUUAGAACAAUAAUACUGUUGUUCAUUUUGCGUGACCAAACUGGAGGAACUUGGUGGUAGUACAGCAUAAAUGUGAAUACUUCGAACGUUCUUGACUUCAUCUGUACAUUUGAUUGACACUUGACCUUGAGACAAUCAGACAGUUAUCAUACACAACACAGAUCACAAUGCAGCUGUAGGAACUGCUUGUUUAAACCCACAAAUAUCUUUAACAUCUACUUUUUUAAUUAGAUGAUGGAAACAUUGUUAGUCUGAAAACAGAAAAUAGAAGGAUUCACCACUUAAUUUCUCUUCAAAGAAUACAUGAAGGAUUAAAAAGAAAGAUCUAUUUUAGAUCUCUUGACAUUAGUAUGUGAUUAAAAUGCUAGUUUCCCAACUGUCCAAAAACUUAGAAAAUGUACUGCCUCUUCUUCCAUGUGUUAAGUGUGUCCAUAUGGACACUGAAUGGUGACCAGAUUGUUUUGUGGACAAAAUGUUAACAAGGGAAUAGAAAGAAACAACAAACAGAUGAUUACCAAUGAUUGCCUCCAUUACCAGUGUGAUAGAACUGAGAUUAAGGCGUGAGAAUGGAAAGAUUUGAAUAUUUUUGGGCUGCAUAGAUUGAACAGGUGCAUCCCAUUCAUGACAGUCACAAAUCCACAGUACCAUCACAGAUUGAAUGACACAAGGCAUCAAAUUGCUCUUAUCACUGGUGCAUGUAAAUCCAAUUCAGUUGGAAAAAGAGGUUCAUACAGUGCCCUCUGUAGUCACUACUAAAAUCCUGUUGCUACUGUUCAGUAUUUUCCCAUAUUUACUUAAAUGGAUUUUUAUUUGGAGUUAACACGUGAGAGAUGCAUGCUGUUGGCUGGAGUGUGUUAUAGUCAGAGCAAUUCCACUCUAAACGCUGUUGUUUGGACUAAGCUUAAAACGUUCUGUCUGCUGAUUAGGUGAUAAGGAGGAACUGUUUGUUUUGAUGAGAUUCAGAGGGUGCAUGGCAAAGUGCUGUUGAAGAUUGCGUAAUGUGUCUAGUCUGACCAAAUCUCACUGUCCUUUACAGAACACUCAUCAUUUGAGGUUCCACACUCCACUUUGCAACUCUGUUUAAUUAGCUCAUUAUUUCAGAGAAAUGACUUUCAUAACAUCCAGGUAAAUGCCUCCAUUUUCUAUGAUAUGCAUAUGUGUGAUGCUCCUGUACUGUGAAUGCACCCCUGUCUGUACAUAGCCAAAAUCAUAACAGAGCAGAUUUAACAUGAAUAAA